AUGGAGACCAAAGAGAGCGGGGAAAAUGUAAGUUUAAAUAUUCAAUUUAGAUUUCAAAUAUUCUACGAAACCUUCGCUUCACCUUCGAAAGCACAUCGUUGUGUGUUUAUCCCCGAUCAUAAUUGAAUGGCAAUGCGAUCAGAAUUCCGAAAUACUUCGGCUCAGCGCUUAUGAUAGAGUCAAAUAGAGUAUGUCUUAAACCCGUUUCCACCAUGAGCAACCGAACCACUUAAUUUCGGUGAAAAUCUACAUUUUUCGUAAAUUAUUGGCUUUUAAGACAUUUAUACUUCUAGUAGAUUGAAAAUUGAAAGGCUCGUUUUGGAUAAUUACGCUCUUGCACAUAUGAAAACUGAAAUUUCACAUCCGAAAACAGUAUUUUAUAGUUGUCCUAUAUCGGCACUACUAUACCUCAUGGCAUGGCCUGACGGACAAAAUUUGCUCGACGUGCCUCUUGCUGUGGGGACCAUCCCACCACAUACUUAGAAAGCAGAGUAGGGGUGGGGUGGAAUCUACGAAAGACUAGCUUACCAUCGAGGGGAAGAGAAGGGGAUGAGCUCAACCCAGAUGGGUCACUAGGCUUCUAAACACCACUCCAAAUCUCCCCCCCUCCCCUCCCCUCAUCUGAAUACCCCUCUAAACUCUUAUCUGUUAAAUCUACAGUUGUCCCUAAGCUAUUUUCCUGCAAUACCUUUGCCAAAUGUAUGCAGUUAAUGAUGUAUUUACCCCAUAGAAGAAAAAUGUGAAAAUCAUUGACCACAGUGACAGAGAAUGGAGCACUGCAGAUCAUCAGCUUUACUCUCGCAACGAAGACGGAGAGGUUCCAGGUCACUACAUGUGGGUGAAUGGCAAAUCUGUUUUAUCAAAUGCAAUCAGCGAGAACCAAAAAAGUAAGUCUAUCAAUAAAUAUUCUUAAAAUCAAAACUACGGAAAUAAUGGAACCUACGCUACAAUCAAAAUAGUCGACACCUUGGAAUAGCAUCACAAUCUUUGACCCUUUGUGCCUAAGGGGUGACUUUCAUCUAAUUUCUCACAACGAAAUCAUACCUGAAUCACACACUACAGUUACAAGUAAAAGAAAAAUUACUCUUUUCCAAAAAGACAAGUAAGUAGAAUAGAAAGUUUCUUGGCUUGUCUGGACCAGUCAAUAUAACGUUAGUUUGGUCUACUAAACAAGUAUCUUGUUUAUCACUAUGCUUUUCGACAGCUUAUUUUAAGAUCCACACUGUCGUGGAGCUUGACGAAAACAACAAACCUCAUCAAGUUGUCAUUUUAGAGCAUAAAAGUGGAAGUGUUGUGGCCAUAAACCAGGAUGAUGACACUGUCAUUGCUAAGGUAUGAUGGCAGAAAAUUGCUUGUUAAUAGUUGCAUGUCAGGGCUAAAUCAAAAAUCAAAUGUGUCCUUGUCUUGGACAUUUUUUAAUGGACUUAUUGAAUGAGCUAGAAUCUUACUCACUCACCCAGAAACUCAACGAAAAAAACUGGACAGAUAUUUCUAUAUGUCCCAUUCUGAAGUUACUGUGCCAUCAUCAACCAUAAUGUGAUAGAAAUCUUGAGCUCAUAAUAUAAUUGCUUACGAUAGCCGAGGAUAAUCUUUAGACAGAGACUGUCCGCUUAGUGGAGACUCUACAUGAAAACAGGGCGUGAAAUUGCGCCUAAUACAGGCGCCAAUGCGAUUAGAUUUUUCACCCUGGCGACCAAAUCCUGAAAAUUAGUCACCAAAUUGGCGACUAGAACGCUUUAUCAUAACCUUGCCUAGAUAUAUAGAGAAUUAAAAGACUUGCAAAGAUAAAUCCGCGGCAAACUUCCUCGUUAAGUUUGUUUCCAAAACGAAGCACAUGCAUUUUGAUCGAUAACUAGACGUCAUCUUGGAUUUUGGUGAGCUUGAACGUUGUAUAUCAUCCAUCCUAGUGUCCACUUCGUAACGUGUUGAAGAUGUUUUUUCUUACUUAAUUUUGGAGUGUCUAUCUAGAACACUGACAGCGUAAAAAAAGGUUUUGUUUGUUUUUAAAAACAGCGACCAACGUUUUUUGAAUUGGCUACCACUUUGAAAAAUUUAGGAGCCAAGUGGCUAUCAGAAAAAAAAAUUAAUUUCAUGCCCUGGAAAACCAGGGGAUAUUAACCUUUACACCCCAACAUCUGUAUGCAUAUUCUCCAUACUAUUCUUUAUACAUUUCAAAAGGUGCUUACAAGGAGGAUUUGUUUAAUGAUCAAGAGCAUCUUGACAUUGUUAUCAUUCCUUUAUUCAUAUGACCUUACUUCUUCAUUCAGGGGGGAUAUUGUAAGGAGAAAUUACAUGCUCAUCGUUCUUAGGAGUUGAGAGUUAACAAGGGGUCCUGAUGACUUUGGAAUACUCAUAUUAUACUUCAGUCACAUCCAGGUGUUUAGAUGUAGGAAUUUUUAAGGAAGGGCCCAGGGGGAGGGGGUGGGGAGAGUGCAAACAACUGUACUCUAUUUGAAUUUAGCUUUAAUAUGCCUGAUUGUUAUAUUGCAUAUUACAAAAUUAUUUAUUUUUGAAUAUCACAGACAGAGUACUUUACUGAAAAGGAAUGUUCUGGGUGAUAUGACAUGCACAUUGACAACUCAGUCAAAGUCUGAUGAUGACCUUCUGUGCAAAAGCUAACCCCUUUAACUCUCAAGAUCUGAUUUUUAACUCUCCUAUCUAGCUGCUACACAUUUUCUUGUAAAUCAUUUAUGAGAAUUUGGUGUGAUGACAACUUCUACCUGAUAAGUUUGAGUCUUCUCAUUAUCUGUUUACUGGAUAGUGUAUGAACAUGAUUGAGAGAAGUUGCACAUUGAUCACUUCUGAGAGUUAAAGGGUGAACAAUGAUCUCCAAUGAGACUGUCACAACAUCAGCCACUGUCACCAACAGCAGUCAUUUCCCCAGCUACUCUUACUCAGAGUCUGACUGCUCUUUUCAACAGGAACUUCCUAAACCUCCAAGCCAAAGUGACACCCUUAGAGAAGUUAAAAGAGACAGUCCUGAGGUGUUGUUUUACAAAGUGGCUAAGGACCCUGGCAGUGAGCUGUAUUACUUCAAGUCCUACCUCAAAGAUAAGCAACGCAUCCUUGGCUUUGAUCAGGAAGGAAAUCCAAUGAACACCUCCCAAGUACAACCCAAGCAGCAGGAAAGUCUGUUUUCUGUAAUGUAAAAUCUCUUGCAAAUGCAAAAUUAAAGUUCUAGUUUACAGUUGAAGUAAAAGAUAUUUUCCAAACAAUAAAUUCUGGUAAGGAAAAUUUUUCACUUAGGUUUAGCUAAGAUGCCAUAUGCAGUGUAAGUUUGACAACAAAGUUCAUGAAGUUUAGCAUGAUAAGACAUUUGUUUACUGUCUGUUUUAGGAUGAAAUAGCAAUCAAAAUGUAAUUUUAUACAUGUUGGAAAAAUAUUUUCAUAAAAUAUGAAUGAAAUCCACAGUUUUGAUAACUUUAUUUUCAUAAUGAAUAUCACUUUAAUGCUCAAGUAAUUUCAAAUUGCUUAAUUACAGAUGAAUUUUUAAGAAAAGUACCGCAUUUAAGCUGAUGGUGAAUUUAGAUUCAUAAUGAAUUUGAUACGUGUCAUAUCCUCUUAAAAGUUUCAUAAUAUUUCACUAGCAUUUCUAGGAGAUAUUUCAUUUUUCUACUGAUUUUCCCAGGUAAAAGGUAAUGGGACUAUUUUAAAAAUAGAAAAAAAAUCUCUUUUCAGUUUCUUUAAGACCUGCAUGAAGCAAAAUGGUUGUGAACAUGUUGCUAACAAUCUUAAAUAAAUAUUUCUUUGAAAAUUAAUUUGUGAUUUGUUUUAUAUUGUCAUCAAUCGAAUUAAACAUUGUAGGGCAGACAGACAAUAAGGAGAAGUACUUAAUGAGAUCUUAGGAGUGAAAGGGUUAAUUACGCACUGUCAAGUGUUUAAAUUUAAUACGGUAAAUACUAGCUUAUGUACGAUUGUGCGACAUUUGUAAAGAUGCAGCUGGUCUAUAUAUUUGCAUAGCGCUGGUUCAGUUUGCAUUUUGUCCACGUUAAGUCUAUUUCUUACUCGGCAAUCAGCAUUUGCGAUGGGAAAAACUGCUUUAAUAAAACACAAUUGCAUCGCAAAAUAAUAAUUAUGAACUGGAAACAAAUGGCCAUCAAUUUUACUCCGGAUGGGAUUGAGAUGCAAAGAAUUUAGUUUGUACAACACGUGGCCUACUUAAAAUUAAUCUUUGGCUAACUACUAACUAGGAAGUGUACCUCGUGAUCUCUCUAUACCGUGACAUUUCUGUAAGGACGAAAAGUGCUUGACACAUGGCUUUUUUUCCUGUUCAAUUCGC